AUGGGUUUGGGGAAGACUAUCCAAGCAAUAGCUGUAUCAUACCACUAUAAAAAUGAAUGGCCUCUGUUAAUAGUGGUGCCCUCAUCCCUGAGGUACCCUUGGGUUGAUGAAAUGGAAAAAUGGAUUCCGGACCUCUGUCCAGAGGAUAUCAUCAUUGUACAAAAUAAAACUGACAUUUGGCAAAUACCUAAAAGCAAAGUGACUAUCCUGGGUUAUGGCCUCUUAACGUCAGAUGCUCAUGUUUUAAUAGAUACUUUAUGCAAGCAGAAAUUCAAAGUAGUAAUAAUUGAUGAGUCCCAUUACAUGAAAUCCAGGAAUGCAGUUCGUAGCAAGAUUUUGCUGCCUAUUGUACAGAAUGCUAUUCGAGCUAUUCUCCUCACCGGAACUCCUGCUUUAGGAAGACCUGAAGAGCUUUUCAUGCAACUAGAAGCACUUUGUCCACAGAAAUUUGGCACAUGGAUUGAGUAUGCAAAAAAAUACUGCAAUGCACAUGUCAGAUAUUUUGGUAAAAGACAACAGUGGGACUGCAGAGGAGCUUCAAAUUUAGAUGAACUGCAUGAAUUACUAAGCAACGUAAUGAUUAGGCGAAUGAAAAGUGAAGUUUUAACACAAUUGCCACCUAAAAUUAGGCAACGGAUACAUUUUGAUCUUCCUAAAAAUACUGCUAAAGAAUUAAAUACUAGCUUUGAAGAGUGGGAGAAGUUAAUGAGGGCUUCAAAUUUAGACUCUACUAAAGAUGACUUUGUCCAAGUGAUGAGUCUAAUUACACGUAUGUUUAAGCAGACUGCCAUUGCCAAGGCAGGUGCAGUAAAGGAUUAUAUUAAAAUGCUUCUGGAGAAUGAAGAACUGAAGUUUCUGGUCUUUGCUCAUCAUUUAAGUAUGCUGCAGGCAUGUACAGAGGCAGUGAUUGAAAGGAAGGUUCGUUAUAUUCGGAUUGAUGGCAGUGUACCUUCAGCAGAACGAAUAAAUCUUGUAAAUCAGUUCCAAAAAGACCCAGAUACCAGAGUGGCUGUUUUAAGCAUUCAGGCUGCUGGCCAGGGUUUAACCUUCACCGCUGCCACUCAUGUUGUUUUUGCUGAACUGUAUUGGGACCCUGGCCAUAUAAAACAAGCAGAAGACAGAGCUCAUCGGAUAGGACAGAGUAACUCUGUGAAUAUCCAUUAUCUUAUUGCAAAUGGAACGUUAGACUCUAUAAUGUGGGCAAUGUUGAAUCGUAAGGCCAAAGUUACAGGUACCACAUUAAAUGGCAAGAAAGAAAAGUUACAGGCACCUGAAGGUGACAAAGAUAAAUGGAAUUUUUUGAAUUUUGCUGAAGCCUGGACCCCAAAUGAAGACCGAAAUGAAAUCAAGAAUGAGGUCUUAUUCACCCAUUUUGAAAAAGAGAAGCAACAUGAUAUUCGUGACUUCUUUUCGCCAAAACCAGAUAUGGAGAAAAAGCGAAAAAUUGAUUCCUGUUAUAAUACAUCUCCAUCCUUGAGUUCAAAUUCUUCCCAAGCCUCAGAGGAAAAAGAUCUGGAAAAUGGCAGAAACAUAGAUCCCCAGGGGCCAGAGGAUCUAAAUGAGAUUUGCAGAGAGGCAAAGAGACUAAGACCUGUAGAUCCAUCUACACCUAAGCUUGUUCCUAAUAGGCAGGGAAAGAGAAAAUGUUUGUUUAGAAAACGAAACAAUUCAUUUUCGGAAGAAGCUUCCCAGGAUGAUGAGUGUAUCCUUUUACCUGAGUCAACGGAAGGAUUGGCCUCUGAAGUAACCUGGCCUUGCAGUCUUUGCACUUACAAUAACAGUUCAUUGCUACCUUAUUGUGAAGUGUGUGAAUCUCCUCGCAGAAAGAAUAUUAGGCAAAAGGAAAGUCAAAUUGGUUUUCUCUCUGCUGAAAGUAAAGAUGGAAAUGCAAUCAAACACAACAUACAACUUAAUGGCAUUGAGAUGACAAAGGAAGAAGCAAAUAAAAAAUUGGACAAGCAUGAACUCAAAGAAGAGUAUUCAAACGAUUCAGAAUCCAUCCUAACAUAUCAUAGUCUAAUGUUCUGUGCAAGUAGGAAUACUGACCGAAUUCAUGUCUACACAAAGGAUGGAGAGCCUCUCAAUUGCAAUUUCAUUCCACUUGAUAUAAAAGUAGGCAACUGGGAAGAUUUACCAGCGUGUUUUCAACAAAAACAGAACCGUACACUGAUACUGAGGUUUGUGAGAGAAUGGAAUACUCUGACAGCCAUGAGACAGAGAAUUAUCAGAAAAAGUGGCCAGAUUUUUUCUAAUCCUGUUCUCGCUGCUGAAGAAAUACUGUCUAAACAACAAGCCAAACUCACCAGUACCAAACGGUACAUGACAAAAGAAGACAUUGCCAGAGCUUCGCUAACAAAAGCUGACAGCAGUGGAGGUAGCGUUCGCAUAAUCACAAAAACAUCCAGAGAAGUUAUGAGAGCCCAUGGAUCCUCUGUUGGAAAAGAAGAUAACCAUUUUAUAAAGUUGCCUUCAGAAGAUGGGAGUUGCCCAGAUGCCAGUUUAGUUUCUGACCAGAUUGUUGCUGUUAAGGAAUUUUCAUCAAGCAAAGGCUAUCUACAGGCAGUCGAUAAUGAAGGGAACCCACUUUGCCUAAGCUGCCAAAAGCCAACAAUCCAAGUUGAGCCAACGUUGACAUAUACCGCCUGGGACACACGAUUUUGUUCUCUUAAAUGCCAGGAAGAUUUCUUCUUCUACACUAAUAAUAGUUACCUGAGAAGUAAAGUUUUUGAAAUAGAACAUGGGGUUUGCCAGUUAUGUAGGUUGAAUGCCCAAGAACUUUACCUUUGUGUCAGAGAUGCCCCAAGGAGUCAGCGCAAGGAUCUUUUGGAGAAGUCUUGGAUGUCCAAACUUCCUUUAAAACAGUUAAAUGAAAUUAUCCUGAACCCAACUGAGGGCCAUUUCUGGCAAGUGGAUCAUAUCAAGCCAGUUUUCAGUGGGGGUGGACAGUGUUCGCUUGAAAACUUCCAAACACUAUGCACAAUUUGUCACAAAGAGAGAACAGCAAAACAAGCAAAAGAAAGAAGCCAAGUUAAAAAACAAUGUGUUGCGUCAAAAUAUUCAUCAGACAUCACAAAGUUUUUUGUAAAAUUAUGAAAAGGUUUGAUGAAAUGGAUUUUUGUAAUACCUCUUAGUACAGCUCAUUAAGAAAACACCAUGUGGGAAAUGUUUAAAAAGCUACCUAUACAUGUUUUUCCAUUCUAAAUUUCAAAUUUAGAAAAUGAAGAUUUCAUUUACAAAUUGUUAGCAAGGUUCAUGCAGUUAUUUAAAUCCUUGGUACUGCAGCAUUUGUAGUGCAUUUUUGUUAACAUCUGACCCACAACUGUGGAACUGAUUGAAGGGUAGGUUAUAAUUUGCAUAACAAUCCUUGCUGUUAAACAAAAGUAUCUUUUAUAAAAUUAAACAUGUACAUUAGUUCAUCUCAAAAUAAACUGGUAUUUUUACAUUAA